AUGUCCCAACCGACAACAACCUCCAGUUGUCGAGUGGAUCUGAGCAUUGUGGUGCGCGCUCCCGACUUGCAGGAAAGUUGGAUUAACGUUCAAAUUAUCAUACAAGACAUUGAUGACAAUUAUCCCUUCUUCGAGACUGAUCAGUGGAACCUAACGCUCGGGGAGCUCACACCGGUGGGAGCGCAUUUCCAUUUACCUGAGGCGUUUGACCUAGAUGAACCAAAGAAUGGGAUCAGGAGUUACGGUCUCUUCGGACGGGAUCAGGAAGAGAAAAUGCAGCAGGGUGAGAACUUGGCAGUCAGAGGCCGCAAUGCUGCAGAUUCACUUGUGGGACCGCCUCAAUUUGGGCUCAUCUGUCAAACUGCUUUCUCAGUUAGCUCAGGAUGUAGCCUGCGUUUGUUACUCUUGCGUCCACUCGACUUUGAGUUGCGUCCUGAAUUCGCUUUUUUUCUCAUUGCAGAGGGCAUGAAUAGGAGAGGCAGCAUGGAUUUGGCCUACAUGAAGAUUAAUAUUUUGGUCAAAAAUGAAAAUGACCAUGCACCAAUCUUCCAGUUCCCAAAGUUUGAUUCUCGUAACAUGUACAAACUGUCGAUACCUCGCAGUACGCGAGAAGGCAGUCGUUUGAUUCGCCUAAGAGCAACUGACGAGGACAGGGGUAGCGCAGGACGCCUAGUCUACCAUAUUGACUCUGACUGUAGCGCAUCUAUCACCUCUAACUUCACAGACUUAGCAGUAAGAAGCAAGUUUUUUCGUGUGGAUCCAUUGACCGGUGAUGUUACAGUUCGCAGUGCCCUAAACAGUUUCCCUGGUACAAGCGUGAAACUUCGCGUCUGCGUCAGAGAUCAUGGCACCCCGCGUAAAUGGGCGCAUGGCACACUUAGUAUUAACCUUCUGCAGGACGUCACUGAAGGAGUUCCGAGGAUAAUCUUCAAACCCUUGGGCGGCGAGCCAGUCAGUGGUGGUGAUCUUAUCAUAUCCAUUCCAAGUGCCGCCGACAGCGACACAAUAUUGGGCUUGGUCUGGAUUGGUGAUGGCGGUGGAGAAAGGGCACAACAUGCUAUCUGCUCAUUGAAAGCUGCCCACACUGCGAACAUUCCCCUAGAGCUAGAUCUGGUUGAGGCUGGACUCAUCCUAAACAGGAGGACCUUCACAAUGAAAGUUGCAAAGAAUUACCAUUUUACAGAAGACUUCAAUGUUAUGCGUCAGCGGUUAACACAGUUAAAUUUGUCUGUCGUUUGCGCUAGCGGAGCUUACACGUUAGAAUCACGUCUCCUAUUACGGCUGUCGCUUCCUGAAGAACGGAGGUUUCGAUUCAUCAGCAAUGAAGUACACAUCAAGGUGGAAGAGUCCUCUCGUCCCAUCAACGACUUCUACACCCUCACCACGGUAAACCACGUGGGACAGGUGGAGUAUGCCAGGGCCGAACCAGUUUCUAACACAGAGUGCCAGAAAUUUAUAGUCCACCGGCAAACGGGUCAGCUUUCAUUGCCUUUCGGUAUCGACAGGGAGCGAUCAGAAAAACUGACCUGCGUCUUCACAGCGGUUGACGAGGUUGCUGGGGAUGGCGAGCAAGUGGGAAGAGAAGAAACAAACAUGGAGGAGUUUUAUUCAGUCAGUGCAAAACAAAGGGCCAUGGUGACCGUAGUCCUAACCAUUACCGACGUCAACGACAACGCUCCCAGCUUGUCACCGUCUGUCUUGGACUACGGCCUCAACAUUACAGAAUAUGACAGUCGGUCGCCCAACGUGACCACUAGCCCCGAGUGGAUCUACCUCCUCAACCUGCAAGCCACAGAUGCAGAUGCUGGUGCCAACGGGACGGUGCUCUACGAGCUGCGCGACAUCCAUCUAACCGGCAAUAUCUUUCAUGGAUCGCCGCCUCGCCUACCUCGCUUUCGAUUGGCCGCUUACUCUGGCGAACUCUCUGUCCAAGCGGUCGAUUAUCCUCUCCUGGACCGAGAGUUGCUUGAUGGAUUUGUAUUGGUCAUCAAGCUUUCCGAUAUAGGCACGCCCUUCCGCUUAACUGGACUGUAUGAAGUAGCAGUGCGGCUUCUCGACGUGAACGAUAACCAGCCUAUGUUCUUGGAUCCCCUCUCAGAGACACUAGUUUCGAAGGAUAGUGAGGAUGGAGUGAUUCAGCUAGAUCGUAUGCCGUGGUACUAUAGCACGGAGACCACUUCGGGCUACUGGACUCAGCUGCGGGCUUUCGAUCCGGACCUCGGUGAAAACCGCACAACCCAUUUCACUGUGCUGGAUGAACCCCCCUACCGUCCGGCAGUCGCAGCAAACACAGUAUUCCUCAAUGCCAAAAAUAUUUCCCUCUUCGAUGACGGCCGAAUCUGGGUGGAGGAGAAGCUCCUGAAGAACGGCGUGCAUAAUGCUGUCUUCGUCCGUGUUUUGGACGGAGGAAAACGGCGUCAGCUCUUUUCUGAUGCCUGCCUUCAUAUAAAUCCGGACCCCUCGGUCCGCAACCAGAAAACCGCAACAACGGCUCUCUCUCAGGAGUCCGAUCACCUGCGGGACUUUAGUCGACGUCAUGCCAGUCUAAAGAGACAUCCCUCUAGUCUGCCAGUUAGCUUUAGCACAAAAGGGACUACUGCAGCCUCCAUAGACGGAGCGCACAUCUCCAGUUCGCAUGCACUGCUGCUGCUCUCGGGAACAGCCCUCAUACUCGCUGUCAUGGUAUGCGUUGUUAUAGCCUGUUUUACUGUUCGCAAGGACCGACGUAUCCCAGACACUUGUCAGUGA